GUUGAUUUAGCGCUCGAAGAUGAAAAAAGGAUGCUGCCCACGGGACGAAAAAAGGUCCAGCUCUCUCUCUGGAAACAAUGGAGGAGCUCAUGCAUUAGCUCAUGAACAUCUCCCUCCACCAGCAACAAAUCAUGGAAAACUUUCAGCACGCCAAGAGCGGGCGGAACAGGAGCUCAUGCAGCUGCGAUUGGAAGCUGCUGCUCACAUACCGAUCCCCGAACCCCGUGCCCGAGCUAGUCAACUGAUCACCAAGCUAACGGAGCAUGAUGACGUGGAGGCAUAUCUGCAAACGUUCGAGGUGAUAGCUGAAAGGGAGGGGUGGGAUUGGAGCGAGUGGGUGAGAACGCUUGCGCCCUUUUUAAUGGGGGAAGUGCAGCGCGCCUACUACGCACUCAGCCCAGCCUCUGUUGAUGACUACAAAGAGCUAAAGAAUGAGAUCUUGGCAUGGGUGGGGCUUUCACUGGUAUGUGCGGCGCAGCGCUUCCAUAAAUGGGUGUAUGAUGCUCAGGUUCCCGCCCACGUAAUUGCUUCGCAGCUGUCCCGUCUAGCCUGUCUGUGGCUGUUGUCUGGACAACCGACGCCAGUACAGGUAGCGGAACGAGUGGUGGUAGACAAGUUCCUCCUGUCCCUUCCCCGCAUGCAACAGAGGGCUGUAGGAAUGCGGAACCCCGAGACCCUCGCCGCCCUGGUGGAGGCUGUGGAACUGGCGGAGGCAACACAGGCCCUUGGUGGCAGAGAGAGAGCUGUCACCUAUUUCCGGAAAACGCACCAGGAAAGGCGACCACUGGAGGGCACCUCACAGCCGAUAACGAAAGGGGGCGCGUUUGGCAGGGAACAACGGGAGGACGACCGCCUAAGAAACUGCUGGUCCCAGGUCAGAAUAGUCAACGGCAAGGUACGACUUCCUGCCCCCCACCCUUCUCUUCACUUCAUUGUGGAAAAUGAUCUGCUGUACUGUGUCACUCACAGGCGGGGGGAGGAGAAACGCCUCUUGGUGGUGCCACGUACCAAGACGGAGACCGUGCUCGAGUUGGCCCACUUGCAUCCCAUGACCGGGCACUUAGGAAUUGAGAACACCACCCGACGAAUUAGAGACCGGUUCCAUUGGCCCGGACUGGAUGUGGAAGUGAGGCGCUAUUGCCAGAGCUGUGCGGUCUGCCAAAGAACGGCUCCACAAAGACCUCCCCCCAGCCCCCUCAUACCCCUGCCACAGUGGUGGAGAAUGCGGGCACUUUUGUGGGCAAAGACGGCACAGUUGGGCACCAACAGUUACGUCACUCUUCCUCUCAUUCAUGGGUUCGAUGGAAAGCCUGGAGUGGGAUGGAGAAAACAAGAGGAUGGCCUCCCAGCUGCAGCAAAGGGUAAGUGGCACUUAAUAAGCAUUUACCCUGUAGCUGGCUGAGGCUGUCAUAUUAAUUUGUGUUUUUUCUCUGUUCCCACCUGGGUGCGAGUGAGAGGAGGAGUUGGCCCGGAGAGGUAUCCUCCUUACGUCCACUCCGACCGCAGGGCCUGGUUGAGGAAGUAGCAUUCCCAUGUGGGCGGCUAUAGAGUCGACGGGGUGACGCUUGGGGGGGUGGGGAUGUGCCGGAAUGAGCAGGUCUCAAAUAUGAAUAGUAAAUAAUAAAGUCAACAUAACAUAAAAAUUGACCCUUCCUUAAUACAUGUGCCUGGUCUUUUCAGUUUGUGAAUGAUUGAUCAGUGCAUGUUCUUCCAAAAAAGAUAAAAAAUUUUGUUUUCAUAAUCUUUUUUCAAAACUUGCUCUGCCCCUUAAACAUCUUUCCUUUUCGGCUGACAUUACCAAGCUCCAUUUUUCUGUUCUUUAUUUACCUCCAACCAGCUGGCUAAUCCAAUCAGAUAUUAGUGCAAGAACAACCAGUUGAAUGAAUCUUACAAAUGUAACAAAUGUAACUUCUAUAGGUUGAGUGGGUGGUAUCCAGUAGUUUAUUUGCUCAUGGAACAGAACAAACAACUAUUUCUGCUCUGUUGCUCUGUUGCCCUUGCAGUGUAUGUGUGUGCUGUGUGUGCUAUGACAGGACACAGCUCACUGCCUGUUUGAGGGUUUUCAGUAAUGUCCGCUCUGUGUUCAUAACCGCUUGAGCAGUGGCCAGUGCUCUACUCUGUAGCAUCAGCUCCUGUCACAAACUGUAAUCCUCCAUGCAAGCCUGACCUCAGCCCAUUUAUGCCAACCACUGGCCAGAGAGGAUCUGCAGUCAAAUGGGAAUCUUGUGGCCAGUGCAUGGACACUAUAAUCAGAUCCAUAAUUCUACUUUCUUUGUCGAUAAGUUGGCUACAUUUCUGAAAAAUAUAAGUUUCUAAUAUGAAACAAUUAUGAAACCUAGACAGAUUGUAACAGAUUGUGUGUGCUAUUACCAAAAUCUUAUAUUAAAUUCAGUUUAUUUGUAUUGUGUUUUUUACAAUACAUGCUGUUCAAAAGCAGCUUUACAGAAAAUUACUCACAUGGUAAUAUUUAUGUAACAGUAAUGAUUAUUUAGCUGGAAAUUAAAAGCAAAUGUUCAUAGGGCUAUGUUGAUAUAACCAUAAUGGCUACUUUUGGAUAAUUCUGUUUGUGGUGAUGGUGGCAUGGUCGUGUGUCUGCGGGAGAGAGAGAGUGGUAAGGCUCAUCAUCUGGGUUAUCAUCAUCUCUAACACCUGUUUCUUGUUGUAGUGAUGGCAGAGGGAGACAUAAAAAGGCGCAUGAGGUGUCAGAGUGACAGAGAAAGUGAAGCCAGAGAGACUGUUCCUGCAUCUGCAGCAAUACGACAUGUUUGUGUGUAUUAUGUGGUUAUUGA